UUCUGUAGGCGUUUUUGGUCAAGCAGUUUUUGCAGCAGUUGCACAUUUAUUUCGUGAUUUUCUAGACUAGAUUUUUAAAGGAAAAUGUUUUCUUCGAAGUUAUCAUGUCUGCAAAGAAGCUUGAAGUUGGGGAAUAAUGCAAAGGUAAUCUGGACCCGGCCACUCAGCACAUCUGUUUUCUCUCUUAGCCAGACAAAAUGGAAUUGGACUGGAAACGAGACCCUGGAACAAGACGACCCAGAAAUCAAUUCUUUGAUUAAACAAGAAAAAGACAGACAAGUCAGAGGACUGGAACUGAUUGCUUCAGAGAAUUUUGCAUCUCGUGCUGCUCUCGAAGCGAUGGGAUCUUGCUUAACUAACAAAUACUCAGAAGGGUAUCCAGGUCAAAGGUACUAUGGCGGAACAGAAAUUGUUGACAAAAUCGAACUUUUGUGCCAGAAGAGGGCGCUAGAGGUAUUUCGACUUGAUCCAGAAAAAUGGGGAGUGAAUGUACAGCCCUAUUCAGGUUCCCCAGCGAACUUCGCCGCUUACACAGCAGUUUUGAAUCCGCAUGACAGAAUCAUGGGCUUGGACCUUCCUGAUGGCGGACAUCUUACUCACGGUUUCAUGACGGACACGAAAAGGAUCUCAGCUACGAGUAUUUACUUUGAGUCGAUGCCUUAUAGAUUGAAUCCUAACACAGGUACAAUAGAUUACGACAGCCUUGAAGCAAACGCAAAAUUAUUUCGACCUCGUCUGAUUAUCGCUGGAGCAAGUGCUUACUCAAGGAAGAUUGACUAUGAGAGAAUGAAGAAGAUCACAAACCAACAUAACGCAUAUCUCCUUUCUGACAUGGCACAUAUUAGCGGACUAGUGGCAGCUGAUUUAAUGCCGUCACCGUUCGAACAUUCCGAUAUUGUUACUACGACAACACACAAGACACUAAGGGGCGCUAGAUCUGGACUCAUUUUUUAUAGAAAAGGUGUCCGAAGUACAUCAAAAAAGACAGGGAAAGAAAUCAAGUACGAUUUGGAAGAUCGAAUAAAUUUUGCUGUUUUCCCAAGUUUACAAGGGGGCCCUCACAACUACGCCAUAGCUGGCGUUGCUGUGGCCCUCAGACAGGCGAUGUCGCCAGAGUUCAAAGAAUACCAGAUUCAAACAAUGAAAAACGCAAAAGCGAUGUCAGAUGCAUUGCAAUCUUUGGGAUAUAAUGUGGUAUCAGGUGGCACAGACAAUCAUCUUGUACUCGUUGACCUUCGACCUAAGGGAAUCGAUGGAGCACGAACAGAAAAAGUUCUUGAAGCGGCGUCAAUAACAGCGAACAAAAACAGCGUUCCGGGAGAUAAAAGUGCACUCAUACCUGGAGGACUAAGGCUGGGUGCUCCAGCGCUGACGUCUCGUCAUUUUGUUGAGGACGAUUUCCGUAAAGUCGUCGAUUUUUUGAACAGAGGAGUAGAAAUAGCAGUUGAAGCCAAGACACGUACAAAAAAGCUUGCAGACUUCAUCAAUUUUAUAAAAUCAGACGCCGAAGUCCAACGUAAAAUUUCAGAAUUGCGAAAGGAAGUUGAAACGUAUGCGAGAAAGUUCCCAAUGCCUGGAUUUCCAGAUCACUGAACGGGGAGUAGUGGGGGUAAAAAGCCCCAAAAAAAUUUGUUUUGGGUUAAAUUAAACAGAUUUUUUGCAUAUUUUAUUUAUCGUGAAACAAAUUUUGCUCAAAGUUUUUACCAAUUUUAGGAAUUUACGUUUUAAAAUAUAAAUAGCGUUUGAAUAAAUCUUCAGGGUAUUUUAUUAUUCAUUUUAAAGCUCCACCCUUGACAUGAAUGAAUGAUGACAUACACGUGUACUAUUUGUCAAGUCCAUGCAUCUGAAUCCCUUACCUAUUCCAUUUUUUUCCGCAAAAUAGUACCUCCCUACCCAACAGUGUCAACUUCAUUUUUAGCAUUUCUGGACAAUCUUUCAAUUUUGAUUCAUAAUUUUGAUAAUAUUAUCUUAUUAUACAUAGUAUGUAUAACAUGGGUGUGCGACAGGCGGCCCAUGAACCACAAUCCCGUCAAGCCUAUUACGGUGGCUCGUGUCAACACUCAGAUAUCUCGCCAUCAAGCAUAAAUUACCAAUCUUAAUAGUUUAUGUUUAUAAUGAUUUUUGCGCUUGUCACUGCGUUAUAUAUUUCAACGUUUCACCUGUUGCCUUUAUUACUGUAAUUCAUUGUGUGGAAAAACUAAAAAUUUUUGCAUGGGCCAGGUAGAUGUCUGGAGACGGUUAAUUGUCCUGCUGACAAAAAAUGAUGCACAACACUGGCGUUUUUUACCCGACAUGAUGUUCUGCUGAGUGUUAUUAUAAGGUUGUGGUGUUGUAACCAGUGAAGGGAUUCAAAUUUUUUGUCAGCCGGUUCCAUCACAAAAGUCAUAUUUUUCAACCGCUUCUGUUACAAACAGAACAUUGACAGUAACCAGUAAUGCUAACCGGUUCGCUGAUAUCAUAAAAUUCUGUGAGACGGUUCUAUAGAACCGGUGUGAACCAGCUGAAUCCCACCGCUGGUUGUAACUAUUGGUAAUUUUGUCCAAACUUUGCCAUGCUAAAGUCAGGAAUCUUUGAGUCGUUUUUUAAAUGUAUUCCGAGUUUGAAAUCUUCACAGCCAUGUAAGCAUUGAAACAGGUGUAAUUUUGUUUAAUAUAUUUGUCUUUUAUUCAAUGUCUUUGCUUUCAUAUUACUUUGGUUUUAAUAUUGCUCGAGUGCCUUGUACACUAAACCACGACUUUCCAAUUUUUUAAGCUCGUGACCGCAUUCCAAUAUAUUAAGAUUUUCCACAACCCCUGUUAAGUCGACAUUGUUUUGCGGCGGGCAGCGUAAGAUUCGUGUUUUAGUUUUGAUAAUUGUGUUUCGAAUCGAAAGUCUUAAAAUGUACAAUUAGCUAUAGUACUCUCUGUGAAAUUGGUGUACACUUUGCUAUCCUUAAAAUUCAUUGCGGCCCCCAGUUUGGGAAAACUUGCAUUGAUUUUUCUAGUAGAACCCACCUUUCCAAUAGAAGUGCCUUAGUAUUUUUUAAUGUGCCAGUGUUAAAAUUUAUUUGCUAAUAGAUUUAUCGCUAAAAAGGUAAAAGGGUCAUUACUGAUCGAUCUUGAUCGGUAAGAAUGUUAUUAUGUAUUUGUCUGUCUGUUAGAUGCACGCGAUAUCUCAUGAAAGCGAGUUUGAAUGCUCGAAAUUUUGAAUGUGCAUUCAUCAUAUCUCGGACCAGAAGUCUAUUGACUUUGGAUGAAUUAUGUCGUAUAAUUAGCGAGUUAUUGAUUAAUUAGUGAUGGGACAUGCGAUGUCGCUAUUGAGUCGGAGCGAAGGAAUCGAAACCGCAAGAUCAAUAAGUUUUAUCGAUGAGUGUUAUUCUCUUGUGCGGUUUAUGUCAACUCCAUUUUUUUAUUAAUAGUAAUAGUGUUAAUGUUUCAUAAUGUGUUAGCUUUAAAAAUGUCUUUAUUGGUAGCUGAUAGACUGGUUCAUCGUUGUAGAUAGAAUUUAGAGAUGUUAGGACAUGUUAUUUUUCGUGCAAUCAAAUGGUACCUUGAGGCCACAUUUUCUGACGUCAUGUUUUUGUGUUAUGAUGUCAUUUAGUAAUCUUGUAAGUAAUCUUGAUUGUGUGGGAAAUAUUCCACUAACUGAAUAUUCAGAAAAAUAUAACAGUAAAAUUUUUUAAGAUUUGAAUUUUUAUAAAAUUUUCCCAUAUAUAAAAUAUUUUGUAAUCUUCGCUAUGAACCAAAUAUUUUUUAUCGUGUCAAAAAUAUUCCAGAGGUGAAAUGUAGCGAAAAAUUUUUUUUUUUUCAUAUCAAUUUGAAAUGUUCAUAUACAAGUAAUAUACUCAGAAUUCUGCAUGCCAAACUGUUUAUAAAAUUUCUAAUUUUACAUCUGCUCACCGCAAGGACCCUGUGUGAAGUAGGCCAGGGCCUAGUUUGAAUCAAGUCAGUGAAUUACUUUGUAAAGAACUUGGAAAAACUUGUUACACUAUGAUUGGGGUCUUUGCUUCGAGCGGCAAGUGAAUGAUGGGUGUCCAACGAAUUUCACUCGAUCUUUUAACAAUUGUAAAAUCAAAUGAAUUUUGGUGCUCCCGAAGUAUGCGAACCAAGAUGGCGGACAUCGGAACGUAAUA